GCCCUGUGCCUGUUUGUCCACAGACAAGAAAAAAGCAGGCAAAUUCCAGCCUUUCAAGAAGCUCUUUGGUAAGAGGAAGAAAAGAGAGCCCACGUCAGACUGCGAGGAAGCCAAACUGAAGCCCAGCCACUCCUUCGGCAACGUCUGCAACGGCACCUUCUCCUCCGAUGAAGAGCCAAACAGUGGUCUGAGGUCCUCCCAUUAUUCUAUGGGCAGUCGAGCUUUUUCCCAUGACAGUAUUUUUAUACCUGAUGGGAGAACAGAAAGUGAACAGGCCAUCCAAGCAAUGUCACAGGAGAACGUUUUAGGAAAAGUCAAAACUCUUCAGCAACAGUUGGCCAAGAAUAUAAAAUUUGGGCAGCCUCCACAAAUGACAGUUUCUGUGAGGACAAUGGGGGAGGCAAACGCUAGUAUGGAAGAGGAUGCAUUGCUCAAAAGCCCCAUGGAGAUUGAGGCUCAGCAGGACACAGUGAUCUCAGACAGUGGUAAUAAAUCCACUGACACCCCAGCUUUGUUGAGAACAAUGAAUUUGCCUGGAACAAGACAUGAAGUGGAAGAAAAGGUCACUCCAGUCAAAUCAUCUCGGCCAAAAAGACAAUUUUCCUGUUCUGGCACAAUUGAAACAAUCAAUUUGGAUGCAGUUCCCCAGGCUGUUGCUCGUCUAGACAACAGUGCAGCUAAACACAAGCUGUCAGUGAAGCCAAAAAAGCAGAGGGUGUCAAGAAAGCACAAGAGAUUAACAAAGGGAUCACAAAGUUUAACAAUAACAGAAUUUGAGCCGGAGGACCUAGAAACUCAGCUGUAUGGAGACAGAUACCCAGGUUAUAAUGGACACAUCAUAGCAGACAAGCUAAUCCAGAACAGAGAUGAGCAGAAACAGCUUCAGCUGGCAGAGGAGAAAAGAAUUGAAGAUCGCUGGGGGAUCUUUGAGGCCGAAAGGAUAAGGCAGAUUGUAGAAAUGGAAGAACAAAGAGAAAUGGAAGAACAAAAGUGCCAAGAACUUGAGCAGAUGCAAAAAGAGCAGGAGAGAAGGCAUUGUGAAGAAGAGAGGCAGUAUCUCCUUGAAGGAGAGACAUCUUUGAAAAUAGAAGAGCAGACAUGCCAUAAAGAGGAGAGAAGACUGCUGGAGGCUGAAAAGAGGCAAGAGCUGGAGAAGCAGAGGCAGAAGGAGUUGGAGGAGCAACAGAGACAAGAGCUGGAGGAGCAGAAGCGACAGGAACGGGAGGAGCGACAGAGACGAGAGCUGGGAGGACAGGCAACAGGAGUGGGAGGAGCACGAGAGCUGGAGGAGCAGAAGCUCCAGGAACAGGAGGAGCAACAACGAGAGCUGCAGGAGCAGAAGCGACAGGAAUGGGAGGAGCGACAGAGACGAGAGCUGGAGGAGCAGAAGCUCCAGGAACAGGAGGAGCAACAGAGACGAGAGCUGGAGGAGCAGAAGCUCUGGGAACAGGAAGAGCGGAGAUGUCAGGAGUUGGAGGAGCGGAAGAGGCAAGAGCUAGAGGAGCAGAAGCAUCAGGAAUGGGAAGAGCAGAGGCGCAAGGAGCUGGAGGAGAAACAGAGACGAGAGCUGGAGGAGCAGAAGAGGCUAGAGCUGGAAGAAUUAAGGCAACACGAGAUUGAAAAACAGUGUCAAGAGGAAGAAGAAAGAAAUUGGCUGGAGGAACAAAAAGACCUCGAACAAAAUAAGGAAGAAAAACAGAGGCGAGAGCUAGAAGAGCUUCAAGAAGCUGAAAUAAAACUGAAGCAGGAGAAAGAAGCUGACAGCCUCAAACAACAGAAGAAACAGGAGGAACAAAGGCAGCAUUUGAAGGAGAAAGGAGAAAAGACAGAGAAGGAACAACCCCAGCAAGUAACAGAUAAGAAAAAGAAAUGGGAAGAGCAGAGAAAACACAAGCUCACGAAACAAAUGCACAUGGAAAGUGCAGAGGGUGUGCAACAAGAUGAACUGAAGCAGCAAAAGGAACAAAAUGAACGAGAAUGGAACAAGCUGGAAGAGCAGAAGGUAGACACAGAAGGACAAAAUCUUCAGCAAAACCAACAAGAAAAAUCCUUAGAACAGCAACAGGACAAGGAUCAGUUGUGUUCUGGAGGGGCUGAUAGGCAUGUGGUAGAGGAGAAGCUCCAAGAAGGAUCAAGAUCCCAAAAACUCAAACAGCCAGAAAAAGGGAAUAAAACAGCAGAAGAAGUCCUAGCCCAGAAACUGAAGAGAGAAGUUGAGGCUCAGGAACAAAAGCGAAUAGGGGAAGAACUUAGGUGGCAAGAGGUAGAUGAAAGACAAACUGCAUCCAGACCCUUCACAUUUCAAGUGUCUUCUGGAGAUAAACAGAUCAUAUUUCAGAAAGUAAAUCUGAGUCCAGUCAUGCCCGUCAGAGGAGCAGGACUCUCUUCUCCAUCCAUCAAAGACUGCAGGAUGCAUGCUUCCAGCAAGGGCUCUCAUACACUCCCGUCAUCUGUGUGUGUACCCCAUACAGCUAUUUUGGUUACUGGAGCACAGCUGUGUGGCACAGCAGUUAACUUGAACCAGAUAAAGGACACAGCUUGUAAAUCAUUACUUGGCUUAACAGAAGAGAGAAAAAAUGUGGAUAUUCCUUCACCAGAGAAGGCCCAGAAAAAAACCCAGGAUCCCAAACCCAGCAGCAGUAAAAUGAAAUAUGCACAAGAGACAUUGAACAACCAGGCUGUACUAGCUGAGUGGGCUUCUAUCCGCUCCAGGAUCCUAAAGAAUGCAGAAAACAGCAAAUAUAACGAGAGAGACCGAGUAAGUGUCUGCAGACACAGUGAUGACUGGACACCCCGAGGACGGGGUGCUCCCCAUGGUAACUUGAGGAAAACCCUCUCUGCAAAUGCGAAGUUCUCGAUAACACCAGCAUGGCAGAAAUUUUCAGAAGCUUCAAAAACCAGUUCAGAUGCUGAGAAUGUAAGUGCAGCAACAGGCAAUGAAACAGUGGCUGUGGGAAGAAUCACUGGCUCAUCCUCUGAUUUGAAGGAGGAUGUGGCUUCCACUUUUAAGGAUAACUUAGCUGAAAAGGCUAAGGAGAAAAUGGAAACCCAUAGUGAAAUGACAGACAACACAGAAGGCUGUAAAUUUGCAAAAGAUCUUCCAUCUUUCCUUGUUCCAAGUUUUCCUCAUUCUCCGAGUAAAGAAUUAGCCCAGGCAGAACUUCGCGGUGCUCUGGAAAAUCAGCAGAAUAACAGCACAAAAAAAGCAGAUAAACCAGCACCAAAUGGAGAAGAAAAUAUUUCUCCUUUUGGGAUAAAGUUACGAAGGACAAACUACUCUUUACGUUUCCAUUAUGAUCAACAGGCAGAGCAAAGGAAAAAGAAAAGAUACAGUGCCGGAGAUAGUUUUGAUGGUGUGCCUGACCCACUAGUUACAACAGAAGGUGAGAAAGAAUCCUCUGGUUUUGCUCCACCAGAGAGUACAUCCCCUGGCAUGGGGAGAGCAAACGUCCCUGGUAUUUUAAAAGACUCAAAAGACUCUUCAAUUACUGUGGUGGAGAUUUCACAACCAGCAUGCACACCAGUGGUCCUACCAGCCACUGGUCAGAGUGCUUUACCCCCUCAUGAGAAACCAGCAUGCAAGUCACUGGUCCCACAGAAACCUGCUUUAGCUCCAAAGCCCACCAGCCAGACACCACCAUCGUCUCCUCUCUCUAAAAUGAACAGAUCAAACCUAGCUGAUAUGCUAGGGCAAAGGUUGGUUAAAGCUGAAUCGGAUGGUGGCUGGAGAAAAGAAGACAGAGCAAAUGCAGUGCACCCCACACCAUCCAAUGAGUACAAAAAUGAAGAGGAAGAAAUCAGAGAAAAGAAGUCGUUUUUCCCAUCUAUAAGUAUUCCAUGGAGAGAAAAAAAUGACAAAAAGCCUGAGCCAUUGAAGAAGGAAAAACCUGUCCUCCAGAGCAGGCACUCUUUAGAUGGCUCUAAAUUGAUGGAAAAAGUUGAAACUUCACAACCACUUUGGAUUACAUUAGCGCUGCAAAAGCAAAAGGGAUUUCGUGAACAGCAAGCUACGAGGGAGGAGAGGAAACAAGCCAGAGAGGCCAAGCAAGCAGAGAAGCUGGCUAAAGAAAAUGCUGCUGUAAGUAAUCAGUCAGAUAAUAAAAGCAGCAGCAGCAAAACAAGCACACUGCAGAAAUCUACACCUCAAGAAGGGGAAAAGAAAAUUGAGACUGCUGUGUCAAGACUAGAAAGAAGGGAGCAGCUAAAAAAGUCAAACACCCUUCCAACUUCUGUGACAGUGGAAAUUUCAGAUUCUGUUCCGUCAACCCCACCGGCAAAGGAGGUGGCCAAGAGAUUCUCUACGCCUGAUGCUAACCCUGUGUCAACAGAACCAGCCUGGCUUGCGUUAGCCAAGAGGAAAGCAAAAGCCUGGAGUGACUGUCCACAGAUCAUAAAGUAA